UUGGACCCUAGAGUUGUGGCAGAUGCCAUCCUCCGAGGGAUCAAGGUUGAGUCUUCCUCUGGCUCUAUUCAAAGCCUUACCAACAUCCGCCUCGUCCUGAUUAAAAUCAGUGUCUUCUUGGCAUUUAAAGAAGAAGCAAUGCAAACGUUCUCCACUGCUGUUAUCCAAAAAGCAUCAUUGCCUCAGGUGCCUCAGGUACAGCAACAACAGCCACCACCCUCUGUGACAACAAACCUGAGCUUGCUCCAUACCAGCUCUGCAAGUCAGCAGUCCGUCUUCCUGUUCCUGGGUCUUAGUGGAAAAGAUGUUCAUGAUGCCAUGGAAAAGCUGAAGAGCCUUUACCAGGCACAGUGCUCCACUCAAACCUUCAAAAAGGAGGAGCUGACUAACCUCACCCAAGACAACAUGCAGGAUCUGAUGCACAUGGUGAAGACUCGGGGUCUGUACGUGAAAAAGGAUGCAUCUGGCAGUUUAACAGUGAGCGGGCUGACAGAGGGGGUAAACCACGCAAGACAGAUUGUAAACGACGCUGUGCACAGCAACCUCAGGAGGGAGAUGAGAGACAGGGAGGAGGAGGAUUUGUUCAGCCGUGUGACUUGGUGCAUCCAGGGACAUGGUGGCAACUGGGAAAGACUCCCCAAAACGGCAAAUCAUCACCUGGAAAAUAAGGAUGUAGCGGCAGGAAUAGUGGACGCACAGGGAAUUACGUGGAAGGUGGAUCUACAGAGGAUGGAGGCCUCAUCGUCAACAAUUGGACUGAAGAGGAAGCUGAAGAGACUGGAGAAUGUGGAAGACUUUGCUCUGCCCCUGCUCUGGGACAGCAUGACUGCUGAUGAGGGUAUGAAGGUGGUUACACUGGAGCCUUCCUCUACAGAGUACCGGAGAGUAAAGAAGGCCUUCAAAAGAACUGUCCCCAAGGCGGUCAUGAAGGUGGCAACUGCAUAUGGUCAUGGAACCUACUUCGCCUUAAACGCCAGUUACUCGGCUAACCCCAGAUACUCCAAGCCAGCAGAUGAUGGUUCUCAGUUAAUGUUCGUGGCUCGAGUCCUGACUGGCCUCUACACUCAGGGCAACAGCAACAUGAAGGUUCCUCCACAGGUGGAAGGCAGCCUGGAGGAUCAUGACCGCUACGACAGCGUGGUGGACAGCAUAGACAGCCCAUCCAUGUAUGUUGUCUUCCAUGAUAACCAAGCCUACCCAGAGUAUCUUAUCACCUUCAAGUGA